AUGGCAGCGGCUGUUGUGCUGGCAGUGGGUCUCGUGUCCUUCCCCGUGGGCCAAGCAAGGGCUUUAACGGAGGAGAACCUCGUGUUUUUGGAGGCGUGGAGAGUGGUGGACCGCGCGUACGUGGACAAGAGCUUCAACGGGCAGAGCUGGUUCCGGUAUCGCGAGCAGGCGCUCAAGAAGGAACCCAUGACCACCCGCGAGCAGACCUACGCUGCGAUUCGCAAGAUGCUGGCGUCGCUGGACGACCCGUUCACGCGCUUCUUUGAGCCGGGCAAGUUCCGCGCGCUCAAGGCCGGCACGCAGGGCCAGCUCACCGGAGUCGGCCUCGAGCUCGGCUUCUCCCCGGACGGCCGGCAGCUGCUGGUCGUGGCGCCCGUGCCCGGAGGCCCAGCGGACCGGGCAGGGGUGGCUCCCAGGGACGUGAUUGUGAGAGUCAAUGGCGAGGCGGUGGACGGGCUUGGACUGUACGACGCCGCGCAGAAGCUGCAAGGGCCAGCUGACUCCCUAGUGGAGCUGACCGUGCAAAGAGGAGGAGAGGCAGUCAAGCAACUCCCCCAGCAGAGGGGCAGGCAGCAGCUGAGUCAACAAAGUCAACCGAGUCAACAGCAGCCGCAGGAGCUCACAUUUACUCUCACCCGCCAGAAGGUCUCCCUCAACCCCGUUAUCUUCCGAACCUGCGACCUCUCUCGGCAAGCCUCGGCAGCUCUCCUAACUUCAGGGAAUGGUUCGGCAGGCAGCUUCGGCAGCACUGGGAGCUCUGUCAGCCGUGGUGGGGAGAGUGGUGGUGGUGGAGUGGGUGUGGCGCAGGCAGGGAAUGAAGAGAAGGUGCGGGUGGGGUACAUCCGCCUGACGACCUUCAACCAGAAUUCGUCAAGCGCUCUAAAGCGGGCACUAGAGCAGCUGACAGGGGAGGGGGCCACGGCCUUCAUUCUGGACAUCCGCAACAACAGUGGAGGGCUGUUCCCCUCCGCUCUAGAGAUUGCCAAGAUGUGGAUCAGCAAGGGCACGCUAGUGUACAUCACGGACAGCCUAGGGGUGCGGGACGUCUAUGAGACCAACGGGGAGGGUGCUAUCGCCACAUCUCAGCCUCUUGCCGUGCUGGUGAACAAGGGCACAGCGAGCGCCAGUGAGAUCCUGGCAGGGGCGCUCAAGGACAACAACCGGGCGCUUGUGUUUGGCGAGCCCACCUUCGGCAAGGGCAAGAUCCAGUCAGUGUUUGAGCUGUCGGAUGGAUCAGGGCUUGCAGUUACCAUCGCGCGCUACGAAACCCCCGAUCACACUGACAUUGACAAGGUGGGCAUCUUGCCAGACUACCCUCUCCCUGAUGCCGUCCCAAUGGACCCAGAUCAGUUCUGCCAGUGCCUUUGCCCUGGGAGUCCCUCCAACGCCCAAGUCAGCAACGGUUCUUCUAAUGGUGCAAUAACCAGCAAUGGUGCCGCCAGUGGUGCAGCUAUUUUUGAAUACCAGGAUGCAGCUGCUCCACCUUGCUCUCUGCCAUCUUCCCUUCUCUUUCCGCGCUCCCCGCUUGCUAAGUGA